GUCUACUACGGAAACGAGACUUCAAAAGUUCAGGGAUUUAAGAGCAGAACAAAAGAUGGGGAAACUCAACCGUCUUCCCAAAAGAGAUGCCGCAAUGUUGAAGAGAAAAUUAUCUGCCUUGCAAACAUAUCUCGGCGGUAUCAAAUAUAUGACGGGAUUGCCUGAUAUUGUGAUCAUCGUUGAUCAGCAAGAAGAAUAUAUGGCUCUUCGAGAAUGUGUAAUUUUAGGGAUUCCGACGAUUUGUUUAAUCGAUACAAAUUGUGACCCCGAUCUCGCAGAUAUUUCGAUCCCAGCCAAUGAUGACGCUAUAGCUUCAAUCCGAUUGGUUCUUAACAAAUUAGUAUCCGCAAUUUGUGAGGGCCGUUGUAGCUAUAUAAGAAAUCGUUGAUUAUGAUUAAGAAUAAUUAGUUAAUUAUUUGGGGAUUUUAUAGAUUUAUUGGAUCGGUUACUAUUCUUGAAUUAAAAAAAAGAAAAAACAAAAUGGAAAUGUGGGCAUAUUGAUAAUAUGUUAUGAUGUUAUGUGAUUUCUUGGUAUCCUAUGUAAUUUCUUGAUAUCCUAAAUAUACGAUUGAUGAAUACAAUUAGUGAUUCAAGUUGGUGAGUUGAGAAAGAGAUGGUUGAAUCAAAAUAAUUUAUUUUUUGAAGUUCAAUUUUUGUUAGAGGACCAUAUGAAUGUUAUACCAUGUUCCAUUAAAACACUCAAGGGGUUAUACGAUAUAUCGGGUGUAGAAGUAGGCCAACAUUUCUAUUGGCAAAUAGGAGGUUUACAAGUCCAUGCCCAAGUACUUAUCACUUCUUGGGUAGUAAUUGCUAUCUUAUUAGGUUCGGUGAUCCUAGCUGUUCGGAAUCCACAAACCAUUCCGACCGGCGGUCAGAAUUUCUUCGAAUAUGUCCUUGAAUUUAUUCGAGACUUGAGCAAAACCCAGAUUGGAGAAGAAUAUGGUCCUUGGGUUCCCUUUAUUGGAACUAUGUUCCUAUUUAUUUUUGUUUCUAACUGGUCAGGUGCUCUUUUACCUUGGAAAAUUAUACAGUUACCUCAUGGGGAGUUAGCUGCGCCCACGAAUGAUAUAAAUACUACUGUUGCUUUAGCUUUACUCACGUCAGUCGCAUAUUUUUAUGCGGGUCUUAGCAAAAAAGGAUUGGGUUAUUUUGGGAAAUACAUUCAACCAACUCCAAUACUUUUACCAAUUAACAUCCUAGAAGAUUUCACAAAACCCUUAUCUCUUAGUUUUCGACUUUUCGGGAAUAUAUUGGCUGAUGAAUUAGUAGUUGUCGUUCUUGUUUCUUUAGUCCCUUCAGUAGUUCCUAUACCUGUCAUGUUUCUUGGAUUAUUUACAAGUGGUAUUCAAGCUCUUAUUUUUGCAACGUUAGCUGCGGCUUAUAUAGGUGAAUCCAUGGAGGGUCAUCAUUGACUAGCUUUCAAAAUAGUCUUUUUAUUAUUAUUUUUUAUUAUUAUUAUUAAGUAAGUUUAUCCCAAUUCAUGCGUGGUUCAAGAUAAUCCAAUUGGUUGGGGAACAUAAUAACGUAUUACUAUAUGACUUAGAGUUUUAGGAGAAAAGAUGGACGGUAUUACAGAAUUGUAAAAAAAAAAAGAAGGGUUGGGGAGGUUAUACUAGAUGUAUGUAAUGUCUAUAAGCUCGGACCCCGUCUAUGUUUCUAGGAAUGAUUCUAGAAUCCGAUUUAAUCUAAAAAAAAUGCGGGUGGUUUACGUUAUGGAAGAAACAAAUAUAUAUGUCAUAUUAGAAUGACAUUAGAUAUUCAUUAGUUAUAUAAGGCUAUCCCUAUCAUCCUAUAUAACAUCACUAUAUUACAUAAUUACAUGCUAUUACUUAAUUACAUGCUAUUACUUAAUUACAUACUAUUACUAUUUUUAUAAUCAUAACUUCUACUCUGUAAUCAUAAUAUAAUCCUAUACAUAAUAUAAAAUAUAAUCCUAUACAUAAUAUAAUCCUAUAAUGAUAAUAUAAUAUAAUAAUAAUAUUAAUAUAAUAAUAAUAUAAUAAAUAUAAUAAUAAAUAAUAAUAAAUAAAUAAAUAAAUAUAAGUAAAUAAAUAUAAGUAAUAAAAUAAGUAUUAGUUAACAUUAAUAAUUAGUUUAAUAGUUAAUAUUAAUAUAAGUAUUAAUAUUCAUAUGUAAAAUAUCUAAGUAUCAAUUAAGUAUUAGUUAAUAUAAUCAUUUAUAAUUAUAUUAUCGAUAAUUAUUAGUAUUAAUUAUUACUAUAUAUUGAUAUUGGUACUACUACAUACUUUUAUAUUACUACAUAUUGAUAUAUUGAUAUUGAUUUGUAUUGGUAUUAAUUUGAUUGAUAUUGAUUGCAGCUCACACUGCAUUUAGUCACACUCCAUUUAGACGGAUUUCAAUAUCAGUCCUUCUAUUUUGUCUGUGAUUGUGGAUUGAAUGAACAAAGAGAUGAACUCAAGAAUGGUGUAGUAAAGAACGAAGAAUUAAAUGAAAGAGUGGUUCGAAACAAAGAAAUACAAUAGUUAGAACUGUAUGCAUAUGGAUUUACAAAAACUCCAUUAUGGGUAAAAACGAGAUAGUUGUGACGAUUCAGUUCAGUAAUUUAGUAAUAUUAUCAUUUCAAUUCGGAGUUUUUAGUUACUUCGGACCGCUGGAUCUUAAUGAUAAAAUGAGUAAUAAUUCAUUGGUUGAUUGUAUCAUUAACCAUUUCUUUUUUUUUGUGCGAGGAACUUACCAUGAAUCCACUGAUUUCUGCCGCUUCCGUUAUUGCUGCUGGAUUGGCCGUGGGGCUUGCUUCUAUUGGACCUGGAGUUGGUCAAGGUACUGCUGCAGGCCAAGCUGUAGAAGGUAUUGCGAGACAACCAGAAGCAGAGGGUAAAAUACGAGGUACUUUAUUGCUUAGUCUAGCUUUUAUGGAAGCUUUAACAAUUUACGGACUGGUCGUGGCGUUAGCGCUUUUAUUUGCGAAUCCUUUUGUUUAAUCCUAGAAAUAAAUAGAAAAAGUACCUUACAUACUUUUUUCUUAUUUUAUUAACUUUAACUUGGAAUUGCCCUUUGCUUCUUCGAAUUAUAUUUACACUUUACUUAUAAAUUACUUAUUUGUUGAGACAAUACGCCAGGAAGGGCUGAUUUGAGGAUGAGGAAUUACCAGAUUCGCUUGCUUUCUUCCUUUCUGUCCUUAGCUUAGUACAAUAGAAAACUUUUUUACUUUCAUUGUUCGAAGCGUUUCAACAAACGAAAUAGUUAUCAAUUGAUAUGAGAUCUAAGACCUAAGUAAAGUAUCUUAUUGGAAACUUCUUGAAAACUUAAAAAAUAAUAAAUUUCAAACAAAUGAUUUAAUCUAUUGCCAUUAAAUAAAGUGGAAAUGAAAUUAAUAAAAAGAAAUCGAUCAAAAAAAGGCGAGUGAAGUGAUACAAAAAGAACUCUGUUCUUUGUUAGUCCUAUCCAUAAGAGAGGGGAGCAUAUGAAAAAUGUAAUCGAUUCUUUCGUUUCCUUGGGUCACUGGCCAUCCGCCGGGAGUUUCGGGUUUAAUACCGAUAUUUUAGCAACAAAUCCAAUAAAUCUAAGUGUAGUGCUUGGUGUAUUGAUUUAUUUUGGAAA